GCCCCGUCUUUCCCCAUCUCUGUCUCGACUGUCCAGCUGGCAAUUUAACUGCCAUUACAGACACAGUUAUUGCUGCUCAUUAUGAGUCUUUCUUAGCCUUUUUAAAGGCCUUGAUCUGACCUACCAAGUGGAUGAUUUCUCACUUCUGUGUAUUCCGAGUACAUUGCAUUUUAAAACAGUGGACCAAGACUGGGGGGAAAUCGACAAAUUAGAACAAGACACACAUGGAACAGUCUUAUUGGUGUAGACACAUUGUUGUCUUCUUACUCAGUGCUUGGAUCCCAUCAUGCUUUGCCCAAACCACACCCCCAGUGCGCUCAAACCCCACACCAACGUCUCAGACAGAGGGACCAGAGAGUCUGAAGUUUCGUCUGUCUGGUUUUCCCAGGAAACACAAUGAGGGUCGAAUUGAGGUGUUUUAUAAAGACGAGUGGGGGACAAUCUGUGAUGAUGACUUCUCAUUAGCCAAUGCCCACGUCCUCUGUCGCCAGCUUGGGUUUGUCUCCGCUACAGGCUGGGCACACAGUGCCAAGUAUGGCAAGGGCACAGGUAAGAUUUGGCUUGACAAUGUGCAAUGCAGUGGAAGUGAAAGAAGUAUAUCAGUGUGUAAGUCUCGUGGGUGGGGCAACAGUGACUGUACACAUGAUGAAGAUGCGGGAGUGAUCUGUAAAGAUGAGAGGCUGCCUGGAUUCAAAGACUCUAAUGUGAUAGAGGUGCAAGUGGACGAGAAUAGAGUGGAGGAGGUCCGUUUGCGUCCAGUCGUCACAGCUAAGCGUAUGCCGAUCACAGAGGGGGUAGUAGAAGUCAAGAAUAAGGAUGGGUGGGCUCAGAUCUGCGACAGCGGCUGGACCCCCAAAAAUUCACACGUGGUUUGUGGCAUGAUGGGAUUCCCCCAUGAGAGGAAGGUCAACAAAAACUUUUACAAGCAUCUCAGAAAGAGAUCUGCUGAUCCAAAAGCUAAAGUAAAAGUAACAGCAGCCAGACUGGAGCCCAAUGCUAAGACUAUCACUAAAACUAGCUCUAGAUCUAAACCGGGUAAAUCAGCUGCAGCUGAAAGGCUGUAUGCUGAGCGGCAGAAGAAUCACUUCCUGGUUCACUCGGUGGCAUGUUUGGGUACAGAGGUGCAUUUAGCUGCGUGUCCUCUGGACUUUAACUAUGGCAAUGCCACAAAGACGUGCCCUGGGGGUAUGCCGGCUGUGGUCAGCUGCGUACCUGGUCCACUCUACACACAGAACAGCGCAAUGAAGAAGAAACUCAAAGUUUCGUCUUCUGUACGUCUAAAGGGUGGAGUGAGACAGAGCGAGGGCCGUGUUGAAGUAUUAAAGGGUAGUGAAUGGGGGACGGUAUGUGAUGAUCGCUGGAACCUGCAGUCUGCCAGCGUGGUGUGCAGAGAGCUGGGAUUCGGCUCUGCCAAAGAAGCCCUGACAGGUGCGCGCAUGGGACAAGGUUUGGGGCCCAUCCACAUGAAUGAGGUCCAGUGCACUGGCCAUGAGCGUUCACUUUGGAACUGCCGCUAUAAAAACAUCUCGGCUGAGGACUGCAAACACACAGAGGUUGCAGCGGUCCGCUGUAAUGUCCCAUAUAUGGGCUAUGAGAAGACGGUGCGCAUCUUAGGGGGGCGAACGCGCUAUGAGGGCCGGGUGGAGGUGUUACAUACUGAGACUAACGGAACCGAGCUCUGGGGCCUGAUCUGUGGAGAAGGCUGGGGCACUGAAGAGGCCAUGGUUGUGUGCAGGCAGCUGGGCCUCGGGUACGCCAACCAUGGCCUACAAGUGCGUCUGUCAGGUGGGCGUUCGCAGUAUGAAGGGCGAGUGGAGGUGCGGGUGGGGCAACAUUGGGGCAGUGUAUGCAGUGAGGGAUGGACCACCAAAGAAGCCAUGGUGGCAUGCAGGCAGCUAGGGCUGGGUUUCAGCAUGCAUGCUAUUACAGAAACGUGGUAUUGGGACAGCAGUAAUGUGACAGACAUGGUCAUGAGUGGAGUGAAAUGCACUGGAGAUGAGAUGUCUCUCAGCCAAUGUCAACGCCACAAAACUGUUACCUGCCAGAAAAUGGCCGCUCGGUUUGCAGCAGGAGUCAUCUGCUCAGAGACUGCAUCUGAUCUUGUGUUGAAUGCACCUCUAGUGCAGCAGACAGUGUAUAUAGAGGACAGGCCGUUACACAUGCUGUAUUGUGCGGCAGAAGAGGACUGUCUAUCCAAGAGCGCAGCCAAAGCUAACUGGCCUUACGGUCACCGUCGUCUACUCCGCUUCUCAUCACAGAUACAUAAUGUUGGCCGAGCUGACUUCAGACCCAAAGCUGGUCGUCACUCUUGGGUCUGGCACGCAUGUCACGGGCAUUAUCAUAGUAUGGAUAUCUUUACACACUAUGACCUGCUGUCUGCCAAUGGCACUAAGGUAGCAGAAGGACACAAAGCCAGUUUCUGCCUGGAAGACACAGACUGUGAAGAGGGUGUUUCUAAGAGAUAUGAGUGUGCUAACUUUGGUGAGCAAGGCAUCACAGUGGGAUGCUGGGAUUUGUAUCGCCAUGACAUUGAUUGCCAGUGGCUCGACAUUACUGAUGUUAAACCAGGAAAUUAUAUCCUUCAGGUUGUGAUCAAUCCUAAUUAUGAGGUUUCUGAGAGUGACUUCACAAACAAUGCCAUGAAAUGUAAUUGCAAAUAUGAUGGCAACAGAGUCUGGGUUCAUAACUGCCAUAUUGGUGAUGCUUUCAGUGAAGAGGCUGAGAGAAAGUUUGAGAAAUACCCUGGACAACUCAACAACCAGAUCUCAUAAUCAGAUGAAUCUAAUCAACAUAUUGAAAAAACAAAUCCAGAGGAAAAUAUCUAUUCAUUUAAACUAGUUAUCAUUUCACACUAUUAGUUACAAAAAAAAAUGAAAUACCCAAUGUUUUUACACCAGGAGGAGAACAAUUAACAUGAGUCAUAAAAUGAAUUUGUGUUUCAACCCAAGCUAAAUUUGUUUAUUAAUGAACUCUGACACUUUGUGCUUAACAGGUGUUGUGAAUUUGAAAAAAAUGUGAAGCCAUUCUAAAUCAAUUUACACUGUGUUUUUUACAGUAACUCUAAAUAUGGCUUAAAGAGGCUGAAGGUGAGAUGUUAAAUGAACAUUUGGUAAUGCCUGCUGUAUUGUUUACAUUUGCAAUCAGGUGCUUGCUUUCCUUAAAGACUUUGUUGAUGCUUCACACAGCCAAUGAGCUGUGUUCCUCUGUGAUUUAAAAAUACUUGAAUGUUUUGUACUCCAGAUGAUCAUUCACAUAUACAGUAAAUGCUGUGUGAAUGAAUGUUUAUUAUGCUUCAUAGCUCAGACUCAACACAGUAUCUUGUUAAAAUGGUCUUUCAGUAAUGAAUUGUCAAAGCAUCAGUGACUUUUACAUAUUAUGUUUUAACUGAACAGUUUGUUUCAUAUGUUAAUUUACUGUAUUAUUAUAAUUUCAUGUCAAACCUCUUGUUUCGAGAUGGAAAAUAAAGUGCUAUUUAAAGUUGUAAUAAAAAUAAUGGUGUGUUAAGUUUCAUCAGCCACAUACACAAUAAAAAUUAAUGUUUGUAGUGACACAGAAGAGCAUAAAAUUAAGUUACCCUUAAAGACACUUGGAUAAGCAAACAGUUUAGACAAAACAUAAUCCCCAGCCCCUUUUCAAUACAUUGAUCUACUUCAUUUUGUUUCAUAUUUUGAUGCAAUAAAUGAAUGAGACUACAAUAACACUUUACGAUCUCAUUCAUUAGCAUUGGUUAAAGAUAGCAUUAAGUAACAAUAAGCAACAUAUUCUUAUAGAUGUUUCAUUGAAUGUAUGCGUCUGGCCUUAAGUUGACUUCCGGUCUGUGUUUGGAUAUAACAAUUGAUUUUAUAUUUAAUAAAUAUAAAUUUAUAGUAGUUUUUUAUUGUAUAUUAAUUGUAUUAAAACUACUCAACAGUUAUUGAUUCUUUGAGGAGGUCUACUGGAAAUUACGUUUGAACCACAUAACGUUUAUGUUGUUGCCGCUGUAACUGUCAAUAGUAUUCAGUAAUCUUUGUCACAAUGUUUGAUUGAAGUAAAUAUGUAUUAUUAAAUGUUAAAAGUAACAUGUAUUAGAUACUGUAUAUGUAGUGUUCAUU